UUGGCUCGAAAACGUUCACCCGCUUGAAACUUGAUGCCCUGCAGCCGUCGGAGAGCUGAGCAAUGAAAUGUCGCCGCCGAUGAGUCUCUCUGCAACUCACCUUACCACUUGUCGCUUCCCGCCAAAAACCAUAACCGACCACCCAUCACUCUCUCCCUUCUUUUCCUUUCCCAGAACCCUCCCCUCCCAAAAUCCUAAAUCCUCUAAAUUCACAAUUCGGAGCUCCGCCGCCGACACCAAAACACUUGCGCCCAAGUCUGCCAUUCAGAGAAUCGCCGAGAAGCUCCGAAGCCUCGGGUUCACCGAGAGCACCCAAAAUCCCGACCGGCAACCCGAUAAGAAGUCCGCCGGCGAAAUCUUUGUUCCGAUUCCGGAGAAAUUGCCCAAGUACCGGGUCGGGCACACGCUCGAUGCAAGCUGGAGCACGCCCGAGAACCCGGUCCCAGAACCGGGCACCGGCGGAGCGAUUGCGAGGUUUCAUGAGUUGAGGCGGGAGGUGAAGAAGCAGAAGGAAUUAGAGAGGGAGGAGAGGAAGGGGAAGGGGGAGGGGAGGGUUCCGACAUUGGCGGAGCUGAGCUUGGGGAAGGGUGAGUUGAGGCGGCUGACGACGGUUGGGCUUGGGCUGAGGAAGAAGCUGAAGAUUGGGAAGGCUGGGAUUACUGAAGGGAUUGUGAAUGGGAUUCACGAGAACUGGCGGCGGUCGGAGGUUGUGAAGAUUGUGUGUGAGGAUUUGUGUAGGUUGAACAUGAAGAGGACUCAUGACUUGUUGGAGAGAAAAACUGGAGGGCUGGUUGUCUGGAGGGCUGGAAGUAAGAUAAUUUUGUAUAGGGGGGUGAACUAUAAGUAUCCAUACUUUUUGCGUGACAAUGUUCGCAAAGAUUCAAUGAGUGAGGCUAACUCUAUUGCACUACCUGAUACACACAUCAAUGAUGGAGGAAAUGAGAGUGGUACAUCCAGCAAAAAUGAUGUAAACUCUGCUAUAGUACCAAGUACAAGCUAUGAACGAGCUCAACCAGCGUUAGUACAAGGUGUUGGUUUGCCAGGUAGAGUUCGGUUUCAACUUCCAGGCGAGGCACAACUUUCAGAAGAAAAUGACAGCAUGUUAGAGGGACUGGGGCCGCGGUUUACUGAUUGGUGGGGUUGUGAACCUCUUCCCAUUGAUGCUGACCUUCUACCAGCCAUUGUUCCUGGAUACAGGAAACCUUUCCGCCUUCUUCCCUAUGGUCUGAACUCUAAACUAACAGAUGAUGAAAUGACCACAAUAAGAAGACUCGGUCGACCCUUACCAUGUCAUUUUGCAUUGGGCAGAAACAGAAAUCUUCAGGGUUUGGCCGCUUCCAUUGUCAAACUCUGGGAAAAAUGUGAGAUUGCCAAAAUAGCUGUUAAAAGAGGGGUACAGAACACUAACAGCGAGAUGAUGGCUGAAGAGCUAAAGAGGCUGACUGGAGGAACUCUGCUUGCUCGGGACAGGGAAUUUAUAGUUUUGUAUAGGGGAAAGGAUUUUCUGCCACCUGCAGUUUCAUCUGCAAUAGAAGAACGGAGGAGGCAUGCAAUACGUGUAGAGCGUAGUACCUCAGUUCCAACUAGACAGGAUCUUGAACCCAGGACUGAGCCAGAAAAUAAACAUGGCUGGAUCGAUGAUCAUAAAAUGGGGCUUCCAUCCGCAAGAAAGCUAAAGUCUACUGAGGCAGCUGUCGAUAGGACCAGCAUUAAAUUGUCCAUGGCUUUAGAAAAGAGAGUAAAGGCAGAAAAACUUCUAGCAGAUCUGGAGAACGCAGCGACCCCCCAACAACCAGAAAUAGAUAAAGAAGGUAUUACUAAAGAAGAAAGAUAUAUGCUAAGGAAGGUUGGCUUGAGAAUGAAGCCUUUCCUACUGAUGGGUAGGCGAGGAGUAUUUGAUGGAACAAUUGAAAACAUGCAUCUUCAUUGGAAGUAUAGGGAACUCGUUAAGAUAAUAUCUAAUGAGAAAAGUAUCGAAACUGUUCACCAAGUAGCACAAACCUUAGAGGCAGAAAGUGGUGGGAUACUAGUGGCAGUGGAGAGAGUGAGUAAGGGUUAUGCAAUUAUUGUGUAUCGCGGAAAAAAUUAUAGCAGGCCUGCUUCUUUGAGACCUCAGACACUUCUGACUAAAAGAGAAGCAAUGAAACGUUCUAUUGAGGCACAGCGUCGUGAGUCUUUGAAACUUCAUGUUUUAAAGCUUAACGAAAAUAUAGCUGAAUUAAAGCUUCAGUUGGAUGAAGACAAGGAAUCAGACAAUACGCACUCGGUUAAUGAAUCAAGAACUCAAUUGGCUAGAGACAAACAAGAAGCUCAUGUGAUUCCCAUAAGUUUGAAUGAUGGAGUGGCACCUGUUGUGAACGGUCAAUUAGCCACGCAACAAGACAAUAUGACGAGUUUCUCUCCGACCUGUGACGAGGAUGAAUCUGGGAGAGUUGAGCCAGGAUCUUCAAAUGAAUCAGUUACAAAUGAAGAGGAUGAAACUAGUACAGUUGAGACAGGAUCUUCAAAUGAACCAGUUACAUAUGAAAGUCGUGCAAGUUCGCUCAAGGAUAUAAAUGGAGAAGUUGAAGGCUUCCCAUCUACGUGUUGUCCUGAAGAUGUUCUGGCUAGAAACAAACAAGAAGGUCAUGCUACUCCCAUGAAAUUGGAAGAUAGAACGGGCACUGUAGUAAAUGGUCAAGUAGCCACACAGCAGGAUAAAGUCCUUACUUUCUCUUCGAUCUGGGGUGAGGAUGAAAAUGGUAAAGCUGAGCCACCCGUCUCUAAAUCUUUCUCGACAAACCGUUUGAGCAGUUCAGCGACUGUGGUCAAACAUCGUCGUGAUAAUGAGGCCAGGGACUCAUCACGCAGACCUGGCAAUAGUGAAUCAGAACCAUCAGUCCCAGUACUGGUAAGAAAGAAUUUUAAUGAGAGGCCCUCAAAGGCGGUUCAUCUUUCCAACAAUGAGAGGCUUCUUCUGCGAAAACAAGCCCUCAAGAUGAAAAACCGCCCUGUGAUAGCAGUUGGAAGGAGCAACAUUGUAACUGGUGUUGCUAAAACAAUCAAGGCACACUUUGAGAAGCACCCUCUUGCCAUAGUGAACGUCAAAGGCAGAGCAAAAGGAACUUCGGUCAGGGAAGUUGUUUUCAAACUGGAGCAAGCAACGGGUGCGGUUUUAGUCUCCCAGGAGCCUAGCAAAGUUAUACUUUACCGGGGCUGGGGCGCAGGAGACAAUCCUCGCCGUAAUGGAAGUAACACAGGGAAAAUUGCUUCUUCUCAGGGUGCCGUGUCUCCCGAACUCCUGGCGGCAAUAAGACUCGAGUGCGGUUUUAAACCUCGCGAGGGCGAAGAUGCAGCUGCUUAGGUUGGAAUCUUAGCUUGUGCCAGAAGGUACCGCUGGAUCAUCUAUCCCUCGAUCAUUGCCAAUGGUAGAAAGCUUGCACCUACACACACCGUCUACGUAGCAAUCACCGAAGCCCAUGAUCGUCUUAAGAGCGUGAGUAGACUCCGAAACUCCUCGGUUCUUACCUCUUUUGGCAUCUCAAAUUCGAGGAAUUGUGGAGAUGAUAACUUUGGAAUGGUUAACAACCUCCGUACAUAGAUUGAUUUAGUGCUGCAAGAAGAGAAAUGCAGGCAUUCUGUCGACACUUGACAUCCAAUGACCGGAAGUUUAACGCUGGAAGUCCAGAGAGCUGGUUGAGUUGAGGUUCUGAUUAGGUUUAGUCAAAUUGUAAGCUCAGAAGCCAUCCUCUGUAUCUGUGAAUUUUCGAAACAUAUAUAAACAUUCAUCAAAUUUUGAUUUUUUUUUU